CCAUUGAUGGCGGAGACUUCCGAGCUUCCGUUUGCAGUACGGAGCGCCAGUAUAAAUGAUUUGGCCAGCUCCAAGGAGGCCUCACUUCGUGUGAGAUCUUUGAAAGUGAAGGUGGUUUAACUGGAGCACUGCCUAUGAGUAGACGAAAGUGAAUCGAUCAGAGCAAUUGGAAUUUAAUUUGACAUGCAUGGUUUACUAGUUCUGCUGUUGUGCGCCUUCUGCUGCAGUGUGGCCGCCAAGCCUCCGGCAGCUCGGCGGGCACAGCUGCACGACGAUGUCCAGCUUAUCCAUCCACACAUCAUCACCAUAGAGCGUUUGGAGAACCUGCUGCGGCGUGCUGGCGAGAUCUUCGGACCCGCCCUGGAGGAAGAUUCCGUGGCGGAGGCCAGUGACCAGGUGCCGGAGCAGGUGCAGCCGCAGUUGCAGCCGCAGCAACGCAUGCUGCCGCCCACGGAGCAGCCGUACAACUUCUAUCUGCCGCUCUUCGACUAUGUGGAGCCCAAGCUGGACGCCAAGAGCCGGAUGAUGGAGAAGAUUGCUCCGCCGCCACAGCGGUCGGAGCACAACUACUACGCGGACAAGCCAAAGAAGAAGCCAAAGAAGUUCAAUGCGGCCAACAAGCACAUCAAUCUCAACCUCAAGUGGCUGAACACCUACGAGAAGGCCAUGGGCGGACCGACUGCCCCCAAAGCCAUGUACCUGGAGCAGGACGAGCGCAACCGGAUCAACUUCGACGACUCCUUCUUCGCGGUGGACAUGCAGGUAAAAAUGCCCGAUAAUCAGCCGCACAAGGAGACUGUCGCGCCCGCAGAGCUCCUGCAGCACGGCGAGGAGCAGGCCGAGGAGGAUCUUAUGGCGGCUCCGGCGCAGAUGGCCUUCAACUUUAAGGCGCCCGUUAGGGUUGAGCAUCGCACAUAGGUGGGUUUUUUGUUUAUAGGUUUUAGUCAGUUGUAUAAAAAUGCUACAAUAAAUGCACUCCCUGAGUGAGUAAAGGCUAGGGAGAAGCGCCA